GUCGACCGCUGCUGUUACCACAGUGAUAGUGUAGAAACAGAGUUGUAACCCCGCCCCUUUUACCAUAUAUGGAAGAGCAACACCCUCUGGGCGAGCUGUGAUUGGUCGGCGUGUGUUCUCGCCAAUGUUUGUAAAUUGUAGUCUGGACACACCGCUGUGUUGAUCUCAGCGCGCAAAUGUAUUUUCUAAUGUUGAUAAACCGCCACUGUUUGGAUUUUAUUUGAAAUUUACUGGUCUUAGAAAACAGCGGGAUAUAAACUCUCAGCGACGUUGUGGACAUCGAGGAACCGAACAAGCGUUACUGCCAUCACGACCAGCCCGUGGUUGACUGUUGUUGUUGUUGUACAUCUACCGAACAGGCAGAGAGAGAGAGAGACUAUAAUGGUCCUUAGUCAGAUGGAUGCCGGUAAAGCUUUGACGGCGGCAGCAGCCAAAGGGAACACAAGCGAGGUGCAGAGGAUCCUGGAGGAAUGCAGAUUGCAUCCGGAUACUCUCAAUGAAUUUGGCCGGACUGCGCUGCAGGUGAUGAUGAUGGGAAACUCCAAGGUUGCAAGCUUGCUGUUGGAAAAAGGAGCAGACCCCAACAUGCAGGACAAACAUGGGAUAGCGCCUGUGCACGAUGCAGCCCGGACAGGAUUCCUGGACACUGUGCAGGUUCUGGUGGAGUACGGCGCUUCGGUAAACAUCCCGGAUCAGAGCGGCGCCCUGCCUAUCCACAUUGCCAUCCGGGAAGGCCACCGAGAUGUUGUGGAGUUCUUGGCACCGCGGUCCGACCUGAAGCACGCCAACGUCAGCGGUCAGACGGCCAUAGACGUGGCCCGAGCUUCAUGUGUGCCCGAUAUGAUUGACUUGCUUUUCGCUCACAUUCAUAGUUAGUCAGAAGUCUGGGUGCUGGGUGCCUUCUGGGGGACCCUAACCUAACCCUUAUUUUUGCUUCAAACCUGGUGACUUGAAUUCAUUGCUGUGUAAAGGAUUAUUUUUUGUUAAUAGUGGCUCAGCAUUAAUAUGUGUCACAGGCAGCUUCUUUUCAGUGGAUGGGUGACUAUAUACAGUAGACACCUCUUUUGCACAGUGCAAUUUAGGCACCUUAUAUAUCUGUUUUCCCUAUUAAUUGGGAGUGCACAUUUGUAGAUAGUUUCCCCAGUGUUUUGUAAUUAUUGCAUUAUUUGUAAGAAUUGUAACAGUUGUGUAUGUUUUUAAAAAAGAAAAUUACAAAACUUGACAUGGUGCACCCUGAUUGCUUUUCAUAGUUUUGUUUCUCUUAAUUAGACGUACUUAGACUUUGAAUUUACUCUUAUUUAUUGUUGGAAUAGGACUGAAUAUUCCCGUGACUUUGUAAAUAGCAACAUUUAUUGUGAUUUGUUGAAAUGUUAUUUAUAUAAAUACUUUUAAAACAAAAGUGAUAUCAUUCACUUUAAUAUUUGAAGAAGAAAGCACAAAAUAAAGUGUUAAACUUGAA